AUGAGUCCUGGGGGCCCCCUGGGGGCCCCCCUGGGAGCGCCCUGGGGGCUUCCAACAGGGUCAUUUGUUGCGCUGCAGGAGGUCGAAGCAGCUCAGCAAGCAGCAGCAGCAACAGCAGCAGCAGCAGCAACAACGGCAGCAGCAGCAGCAGUUGAGCCGCUGCUGCAGCGGCAGCAGCCGGCGACGCUGCAGCACUCCGCCUUCUACCCCAUCAAUGCAGCAGCAGCAGCUGCCGCCACUACUGCUGCGCCAGCAGCAGCAGCAGCAACACAGAGCUACAGCAGCAGCAGCAGCAGCAGCAGCAGCAAGGGGACCUCUCCCUACGGCCUUGACCGUUUCUUCUUGCGGAAGCCGUUGAUCAGCAGCAUCCGAAGCAGCAGCAGCCGCAGCAGCAGCGAUAGCAGCAGCAGCAGCCGCAGCAGCAACGAGAACAAAAGUAGCAGCAGCAGCAGCGCUGUGCACGAAAGCAGCAGCAGCAGCAGCUGCUGCUGCAGCGGCAGCUGCAGCAGUAGCUCGCACGCAACAACUGCUUUGGCCGGCAGUGGCGGCUCCACACCGGGGGCCAGCAGCAGCAGCAGCAGCAGCAGCAGCAGCAGAAGUCCUGCCAGCAGCAGCAGCAGCGAGAUGUUGGAUCGGUAUUCUCUGGCGUUCGAGGGCGUAUGUACACUUUCCCCGCCGACUCAGCAGCAGCAGCAGCAACAGCAGCAGCAGCAGCAGCAGCAGCAGCAGCAAGAAGGCCAGGUUGCGUUGCUGCGACAGGAGCUGCAGCAGCAAUGCCGGGAGUCUCUUUUCCUGUUUGUGCUGCUGCUGCUGUGGGGCGUUGCUAGGCCUGGGGCCUCGCUGGACCCCUUCAGCUGCUGCUACUUGCUGCUGCUGCUGCUGCACUGCCUCACGGGUGGGGCCUUCCUCUACGGCAGCAGCAGCAGCAGCAGCAGCAGCAAACGCUCCAUUUUGCUGCUGCUGCUGACGACUAAUGCGCUGCUGCUUGCAGCUUCUGUCCCCGCCACCUUCGCCCUCCUCUUUGGGGUGGUGCCGGCGCAGCAGCAGCAGCAGCAGCAGCUGCUGCUGCUGCUGCAGCAGCAGCAGCAGCAGCAGGAUCUAGGGCCUGCGCAAAGCCAAGCCAUGACACCGCACAGCCUUCCUGCAGUGCCGCAGCUGGCGCAACCGCAGCAGCAGCAGCAACUGCAGCAGCAGCAAACGCAGCAGCAAGAAUGUCAGCAGCUGCAGCAGGAGCAGCAGAAGCAACAGCAGGAGAAGCAGCAACAGGAGCAUCAGCUGCUGCACGAGCAGCAGCAGCAGCAGGAACAGCAGCAGCAGCUUCAGCAUACCACAGGCGGCACUUCUUUGGCUCUUGAAGAGCCCACUGCUGCUGCUGCUGCUGCUGCUGCUCCUGCAGCAACAGAAGCAGCAGCAGCACAGGCUGCUCCGCCUGCUGCUGCAGUCGGGGCGUCCGCAUCGCCUGGAGCAACAGCAGCAGCUGCUGCAGCAGAAGCAGCAGCAGCAGCAGAUGCAGUAGCAGCAGCGGCAGCAGCAGCGCCAAAAACAACAGCGGCAGCAGAAGGAACUCCUGCUGCAGCACUGCCCGCAGGAGCAGAAGCAGCCCCUGCAGCAGCAGCAGCAGCAGCAGCAGCACCAGCAGCAGCACAAACGUCAGCAGCAGCAUUAACAGCAGCAGCAGAAGCUGCUGCUGCUGCAAAGACUGCAACAGCAGCGGCUGAAUCUGCAGUAGCCUCACCAGCAGCAGCAGCAACAGCAGCAGCCGCUGCAGCAGAGGCAGCAGCAAAUGCAGCAACAGCAACAGCACGCUCUUCACCUUUAGCAGCAACUGCGCCGCAAGGUGUUGCCGCCGUCACUUCUGCUGCUGCAGCAGCAGAUGCUGCUGCUGCUGCUGCUGCUGCUGCUAAAGAGUCCGUGCCUGCGGCUUCUGCUGCUACUUCUGUUCCUGCAGCAGAAGGGAGCGACUCUAUUGCUGCUGCUGCUGCUGCAGCGGAUGCUGUUACAGCAGGAGCCGUUGCAGCAGAUGCUGGUGCUGCAGCAGGUGCUGCUUCUGCAGCAGAUGCUGCUGCUGCAGCAGAUGCUGCUGCUGCAGCAGAUGUUGCUGCUGCAGCAGAUGUUGCUGCCGCAGCAGUUACUGGCGCUGCACCAGAUGCUGCUGCUGCACCAGAAGCUGCUGCUGCACCAGAUGCUGCUGCUGCAGCAGGUGCUGCUGCUGCAUCAGAUGUUGCUGCUGCAAAAAAUGAUUCUGUUGCAGCAGGUGCUGCGGCAGCAGAUGCCACUGCCGCAGCAGAAUCUAUAGCCGUCCCAACAGAUGCUGCAGCAGCAAACGCUGCUGCUGCUGCUGCUGCAGCAGCAGGUGCUGCUGAAGCUGGCCGUGCAGCUGAGCCAGGUUCACAGCCGCAUUUGGCGCAGGAGCAGCAGCUGCAGCAACAGCAGCAGCUGCAGCAACAGCAGCAGCUGCAGCAACAGCAGCAGCAGCAGCAGCAGCAAAACCCAAACGGGGUAUUGGAGGCCCCGAAGAGCAUGCGAGGAGGCAACAAGCCUUUUGCUGUUGAGGAGGGGUCUGGGGCUGCUGCUGUGCCUUUGGCAGCAGCAGCAGCAGCAGCUGCUGCAGCAGCAGCAGCAAAUGCAGCAGUCGAAAAAGGCAGCAGCUGCUUGUGGCUGCUGUGGGGCCUCUGCGUUGCUCUCAGCCCGCUGGGCUGCAUGAGCUUCCUGUGGCUGCCCUGCAGCAGAACUGUCAGUUUGCUGCUGGAGCACAUAGACAAGAACCAGCAGCAGCAGCAGCAGCAGCAGCAGCAGCAGCUGCUGGUGCUGCAGCAGCAGCAGCCGCAGCAAAGGCAGCACGGAGGCUUGCUGCUGCGACCCCUCGGGGCGAGGGGACUGCUCGCGGAGAGACCCCUCUUGUCAGCUUAG